GCUUUGUACAACUAAAUGUUUAAAGCUGUUGGAUCUUGUGGUCCAGGCCACUCAAUCAUAAUACUUAGCAGUAAUUUAAGUAGAUAUUCUCCAUCGACUGAGGUCACGCAGCUCAACAAUAACAGCAUCAGCAAAGCCUCUAAAAAGAAGCAUGGGAAAUAUUCUGUUUGGUUUCACUGUUGUUUUCUUUCAGGAGACAAGGUGAUUCCUCUUUUCCUCUCUCAGUGUAAAGAAUGCCACUUAUGUAAGAAUCCCAGGACCAACCAGUGUGAGGUAGCAUGGACCAGGAUUAAUCAGGCCAUCAUGGCUGGAGUGGAAUCCAGGUUUACCUGUAAAGGGAAGAGGGUGCUGCAGUUUAUGGGGACCAGCACCUUCUCUGAGUACACUGUGAUCAAUCAGAUGGCUGUGGCUAAGAUUGAUCCUGCUGCUCCUCUGGACAAAGUCUGUCUUCUUGGAUGUGGGAUCUGCACUGGAUAUGGGGCAGCUGUUAAUACUGCUAAGGUUGAGCCAGGCUCCACCUGUGCCGUGUUUGGUCUGGGAGCUGUGGGUUUGGCUGCAGUCAUGGGCUGCAAGGCUGCAGGGGCCAAAAGGAUUAUCGCCGUUGACGUCAAUCCAGACAAGUUUGAGAAGGCCAAAGUGUUUGGAGCCACCGACUUUGUGAAUCCCAAAGAUCACGAUAAACCUAUCCAUGAAGUGCUCACUAAGAUGACCAAUGGAGGCGUGGACUACUCAUUGGAAUGUGUUGGGAAUGUGCAAGUCAUGCGCAGUGCCCUGGAGUCUUCAGCCCAAGGUUGGGGUGUCAGUGUGAUUGUUGGAUGGACAGACUUGCAUGACAUAGUUAUUCGACCGGCUCACCUCAUCUCUGGACGUACGUGGAAGGGCUCCAUGUUUGGAGGAUUUAAGAGUAAGGACGGCGUCUCCAAGAUGGUUAAAGACUACCUGGACAAGAAGUUGAAAGUGGACGAGUUUAUUAGUCAGAACAUGACUUUGGAUCAAGCUAAUGAUGCCAUUGAACUCAUGAAGAACUGCAAAUGUAUCCGGGCGGUCAUGAGUGUUUCCCCACCAUAAGACCACUGUGCUGCUUCCAGCAACAUUAAAUCCAGUAGUGUAUCACUACAAUCAGUUUAAAUAGUUCAGUGAAUUCCUCUGUGGACACUCAUAUGAAUUCAUAUGAGCAAAAAUUUAAAAAGCAACUGUGUUUAUGGAUAAAUAAAAUGGCAUGAAACAGA